UAAUAAUACUCGACUAAUAUAAUCCAAUUCACAAAUGAGCUUAUUCCCAAAGAAGGUUAGUAUGAAAAAGUUAUAAGAAAAAAACGUCAGAUAAAUUGAAAGGUAGUAAGGACCAAGUUUGAAUUUAAUUUGUCUUUCAUAUUGUCUAACAUUAGAUUUAUUAGUCCUGAUGACAGAGUGAGUUGUGGGUCGGUUUCCCCUAUUUCUUAGAACUUUGAGCUUCUUUCAACUAAUAUAUACACUUGCACAUUUUACUACCUACACAAACAUAAACAACAACAACAAAAAAUGAGCAAUUGGUUAGGAUUUUCUCUCACUCCACACCCUCACCUUCAUCACCAUAUAGUUGAUGAUAAUGGCUCUCAUAACUCACACCACCAACUGCAAGAGGUUGAUAAAAGGAAUUCGACACCGUCUUCGCCGCCACACCGUAACAACAACGUCACCUCCUUUAUGCCUCUUCGCUCCGAUGGCUCCCUCUUUGCUACCGCCCUUAAUGAUGGUCUUCACGACCUUCCUUUUACUACCUCCCACCCUCAACUUCAAGAGUGGAAGUAUGAAAAUGAUGAGCAACCAAAGCUAGAAGAUUUUAUGGGAUGUUGUUACUCAACUUCUCAAGACCAAGAAAACAAAAUGGUAAUCAACGUAAAUGCACUUCCCCAAGACCAAUUCUCCACAAAUAAUAAUUCGCUCUCAAUUCAAGCAUGCCCUUAUCCUCCCGCCCCUCGAGGCGGCGUGUGUGAUGAAAAUAGAGGUGAACUUCUCAGUGGCGCGCAACCUCUUCAAUGCCACUACUCAUCAUCCCCCUUUGACGGGGCUGCCAUCUCUCAAUUCAAAUCCUGGCUAAGGCAAACCCCGCCAACGGUCGAACACACUACAACCACUCAUUUUAGUGGCAUCGACAAUGGUGUUCAACCCCAACCGCUUUCACUAUCUGUUAGCCCGAUGGUAGGGCUCGAAGAGGUGACCGAUGUCAAGAAACGAGGGCAAGCUAAGUUGGUUAAUGGUGGUAGAGAACUCGUCCCUAGAAAAUCACUUGACACAUUCGGUCAUAGAACAUCUCAAUAUCGUGGAGUUACCAAGCAUAGGUGGACAGGAAGAUAUGAGGCACAUUUAUGGGAUAAUAGCUGUAGAAAAGAAGGACAAACUAGGAAAGGAAGGCAAGUUUACCUUGGUGGUUAUGACAAAGAAGAAAAGGCAGCUAGAGCUUAUGAUUUAGCAGCACUGAAAUACUGGGGCCCAACUACUCAUAUAAAUUUCCCUCUAACUGAUUAUGAGAAAGAACUUGAAGAUAUGAAGAACAUGAAUAGACAAGAAUUUGUUGCCCACCUAAGGAGGCAAAGCAGUGGAUUUUCAAGAGGAGCAUCAAUGUACCGAGGAGUAACAAGACAUCAUCAACAUGGAAGGUGGCAGGCUCGAAUUGGAAGGGUAGCAGGCAACAAGGACUUAUACCUUGGCACUUUCAGCACACAAGAGGAGGCAGCACAAGCGUAUGACAUAGCAGCUAUCAAGUUUAGAGGCACAAGUGCAGUAACCAAUUUCGACAUAAGUAGGUACGAUGUCAAGAGAAUAUGCUCGAGCUCAACUCUCCUUGGAGCUGAUCAAGCUAAGCGACCAUCACCAAAUAAGGACUCAUCAUCUCCACCUCCGGCGAUUAGCCUAGAGGACUACAAUGCUAGUUCUCAACCACUUGUUAUAACAAAUGGCAAUGAGAAUGCCUCAAAUAACUUGCCUAGUAUCAUGUGGAAACCUCAAGGUGAUGAUCAGACUCGAUCUCAAGAUUGCCCUGAUAACACAAUGUCAUUGGUUUUACCUUCUAGUAAUAUCAAUGAGAGCCACUCAUCUCCAAUGUACUUAUCACCACAAGGUCAGAAAUAUGAAGAGGGCGCGAUUAGUAAUGAUGGUGGUGGUGAUCGGCUUAGUAAACAUAAUUUGGGUGCUGUUCCUCAGAUUCCAAUCUUUGCUUUGUGGAAUGAAUGAAUGAAUGUGCAUGUAACAAGGUUUUACAGUAAUGUCACAUUUUGCUAGAUGAUCAUAUAUUAACAUUAACAUAGGAAGCUAAUCAAGGUAGUACUCCAUAAUAGUUUUUGAAGGAAUUAAGUCAGCUACAGAAGUUGUCAAUUACUGUGUAGGAAAUUGAUAGUGUUGAAUUGUAGGGCUAAUUCAACUAGAUCAGCUUAAUGCUUGUUAGAUUUUGUAUUUUGUUACAACAAUUGGUACUUUGGUAGUCUUGACAUUGACUUGCAUGAAUCGGAUGGUUGUAAUUUGUAAACUCGUACGUAUUAUAUAUAUAUUUUGUUUUGCCAAGACUUUUAUACAAUAUAAA